ACACACAUUUUUUUAGAGAGAGAGAGAGAGUCUCCUCCUUAUUAAAUCCCAGUCCUCUGAGAGCCCAAAUCUAGGGUUUGAGUUUUCAGACUUCAGAUCCAAUCUAAUCAGACCCCCAAAUUAGGUUUAGGGUUUUCAGAUUCCCAAAAAAAUGGCGCUUUCAGAGGGGGUGGUGAAGAAGGUCCUCCUCUCCUACGCCUACGUCGGAAUCUGGAUCUUCCUCUCCUUCACCGUCAUCGUCUACAACAAGUACAUCCUCGACCGGAAAAUGUACAACUGGCCGUUUCCGAUCUCCCUCACCAUGAUCCACAUGGCCUUCUGCUCCUCCCUCGCCUUCCUUCUCGUCCGCGUCUUCCGCCUCGUCGACGCCGUCUCCAUCUCCCGCGACCUCUACCUCAAGUCGGUCGUCCCCAUCGGCGCCCUCUACGCCCUCUCCCUCUGGUUCUCCAAUUCCGCCUACAUCUUCCUCUCCGUCUCCUUCAUCCAGAUGCUCAAGGCCCUUAUGCCGGUCGCCGUCUACUCCAUCGGCGUCGCCUUCAAGAAGGACGCUUUCAAGAGCGACACCAUGCUCAACAUGGUCUCCAUUUCCGUCGGCGUCGCUAUCGCGGCGUAUGGGGAAGCCAAAUUUAACUCCUGGGGAGUUACAUUGCAGCUGUUGGCCGUGGCGUUCGAGGCCACAAGGCUGGUUCUGAUUCAGAUUCUACUUAAUGCAAAGGGUAUUAGUUUGAAUCCGAUUACUUCGCUGUAUUAUGUUGCGCCGUGUUGUUUCGUGUUCUUGUGCGUGCCGUGGGUCAUUGUUGAGCUGCCGGUGUUGAGGGAGAGCUCGAGUUUUCACUUUGAUUUUGUGAUUUUCGGGACGAAUUCGGUGUGCGCAUUCGCUUUGAAUCUGGCUGUGUUUCUGUUGGUGGGGAAGACCUCAGCUUUGACUAUGAAUGUUGCUGGGGUUGUCAAAGAUUGGCUUUUGAUUGCGUUUUCAUGGUCGGUGAUCAAGGAUAUGGUGACACCCAUCAAUUUGAUCGGGUACCUGAUUGCGUUUGGCGGGGUUGCGUAUUACAAUCAUGCCAAAUUGCAGGGGCUUAAGGCAGCCGAGGCGCAAAGGAAGUCACAGCAGGACAAUGUGGAGGCCGGUAGGUUGUUGGAAGAGAGAGAUGGGGAAGGGAACGGAAAGAAGAGUGAGACUGAGGAUUGAUUUUCUAACAGAUAACUUAAACAUUGUAUGUGAGAAAGAUGAAGAUAGCGAAUUAGAUCAAAGAUAAUCGAGGAAGGAAAUGGAAAGCUUGUUAAUUGGUCACAGUUAGCAGCUAUUGUUUGGGGGUAUGUGGUGUUACACGGUUGUGGUUUACUUACUCUUUAUUUUUAUAUCCAAUAGUUCAAUUUAGCUGCGUCAAUUUCAAUUACCGGGGGGUUUGUGUUUGAUCAUCGCCGUGCGAAAUUAUAAAUGUUUUCAGACUCGUAAUUUAGUUUACGAGGAGAGCUUAAACUUAUUGAGUAUAUCAAUAUUAAUGUGCCUUAUUCUUA